GGGAGGUGACAGGAAUCAGGUUGGGCAAAAGGAAUGGGCAGCAGGUCCUUGGUUAGGCGCUGAUUGGUGGAGGGUAGGAUACGGUUGGCUGGGCCCGAGAACAGCCCAGCGUGUUGCUGACAGUGGCCAAGUUGAGUUGAGGCCGGGCUGGGCUGGGCUGGGCUGGGCACGGCUCAGCUGCUGGGAGCUCGUGCCACUGGACAAAGCAGCACCGAGGUUGGCAAAGCUGACGAUGAAAGCAUUGAUUUUGGUCGGAGGCUACGGCACGCGGUUACGACCGCUGACACUCAGCGUUCCGAAACCACUGGUGGAUUUCUGCAAUAAGCCCAUUCUUCUGCACCAAGUGGAAGCUUUAGUAAAGGCUGGUGUAUCCCAUGUGAUCCUCGCUGUCAGCUACAUGUCAGAGAUGUUGGAGAAGGAGAUGAAGGAGCAGGAGCAGCGGCUGGGUAUCCGGAUUUCUCUCUCUCAUGAAAAGGAGCCCUUGGGAACAGCUGGACCCCUCGCUCUGGCCCGUGAACUGAUCACCAGCAGCUUGGAACCCUUCUUUGUCCUCAACAGUGACGUUAUCUGUGAGUUCCCCUUUGAAGAGAUGGUCCGCUUUCACAAGCAUCAUGGAAAGGAGGGUACUAUAGUGGUCACUCGGGUGGAGGAGCCAUCCAAAUACGGGGUUGUGAUCUAUGAAGCAGAAAUUGGGCGAAUACAUCGAUUUGUGGAAAAGCCUCAAGUGUUUGUGUCAAACAAGAUCAAUGCGGGAAUGUAUAUUUUCAGCCCCACGGUUCUGAACAGGAUCCAGCUCAGGCCAACCUCCAUUGAGAAAGAGAUCUUCCCAGUCAUGGCUCAGGAAGGACAACUGUAUGCCAUGGAGCUGCAAGGGUUCUGGAUGGAUAUCGGGCAGCCCAAGGACUUCCUAACUGGAAUGUGCAUGUAUCUACAUUCCCUUCGGCACAAAGCACCAGACCGGCUACACCAAGGACCUGGCAUCGUUGGAAACGUGCUGGUGGAUCCCAGUGCACAGAUUGGAGAGAACUGUUCCAUUGGUCCAAAUGUGACAAUUGGCCCUGAAGUGGUGAUUGAGGAUGGAGUGCGUAUAAAACGUUGCACAGUCCUAAAGGGCUCCAGGAUUCGUUCACACUCUUGGCUGGAGUCCUGCAUCAUUGGCUGGAGCUCAGAUGUCGGGCAGUGGGUGCGGAUGGAGAAUAUUGCAGUUCUGGGAGAGGAUGUGAUCGUGAAAGAUGAGCUGUAUCUGAAUGGAGCCAAUGUCUUACCUCAUAAAUCCAUUGCUGAUUCGGUGCCUGAACCCAAGAUAAUCAUGUAGGUCAUAGCAACUGACCUUGACAAGGGACACGAGUCCGGAGUCCAAGCUAAAAGACGGAGCUAUGCCAACCACCAGUGGAUAGAACAGGGCUGCUGAUGAAGUCAACAAGGGUCCAGAUACUUCAUUAAUUUCCCCUGACAGCAGAACUUGCACUGUGACAAGUUACUUGUAGCUCUUGUCUUUCAUUGGUUUGUCUGAGGGAAGAACAUCUUGAAAUGGCUGCAGUUUGAUUCCCACAAGUAUUUGCUGAUUGUAAUUAUUGAUGGUGAUUCCAAGGGGAGUGGGUCUUCUGGUGUAGUAUUGGAUUCAGCACAUCUUAUGCCAGUUGGAAGAUGGCUUUGAAAACACUUCUUGGAACAGCUGCACCUCACAGUACUUAAGUUUGAUGUACUGUCUUUUCAGAAAUUAAGUCUAUUUCACAGACAGUUCAAGCCCCUCAUUUACCAAAGGCAUAUGGUCAGUGUUGUAAGUGAUAUCUGGAAUUCUUCCUUUGGUCUGAUAUGGUGUCUUCAAAAUAAUUUUUGUAAACAUUCUUUCUGCCUUGAAGUUGGCAGUUUCCUUGGUUUAUGGAAUUAUGAAGCCAAGCUGAUGAAACAUCACACCCAGUUACCAACUUGCUUUCACUGUACUGAUGUUGGGCUCAAGGCUAUAUUAGGUUUAGUGGAUUGUUUCUGAGAAUAAAUGUCAGGGGUUUGACAGUGUCUCCUGGAAGUUGA